AAUUAAAAAACCUUAAUUUCUUUGUGUAUAAUAUAUUUGAUAUUUAAUUAAAACUAGUAUUUUUAAGUAAUUCAAAUUCAUAUAUCAGUAUAAGUCGUACAAUCAGAGCAUAUACAAAAUGUAUAUUAAAAACAUUCCUUUAAAAUUUCUUUUUUUUUAAUAAAAAUCAAAUAUGGAAAGUUUGAACUCUUGUUUGAUUUGACAAGAACCUCGCUGAAAUAAAUUUAGUUUCGUUAGAAUUUUACGUUUUUAUUUUGCAGAUGUUUGAGAGCAAACGUAUAACACUUCUUUAGUAACGCUCUUAUCCACUAGCUGUAAUUUACGGAGCAAAUAAGUUUUCAUGAAAAGUAUAUGUACAAACAACAUGUACAUAAACACGAGAUGCCUUGAGGAAUCGAGACUUUCUCUUGUUCACAGUGUAAUAAUCGUUUAGAGAUAUGAGGACAUGUGUUAUAAAUUUAUAUCGCAAGUUAAUUUCUACAUAAAUUUUGUUUGUACACAUACUUUUCGUGAAAAUUCAUUUGCAUCACGUGAAUUACAUUUAAUUGAUAACAGUGUUGCUAAAGAAAAAAACUUGUAUGCUUGAUCUUACAAUAGACACAUGUAAAAUCGACUAAGAGCUUGAUGAAAAAGUAAAUAUAUCUUUAUGUAUUAAUAUUUAAUCACGAGAGAAAGAAGCUUGAGUAUGGAUACAGAUUGCAGUAAUUCCAGCAAUUCAGAUUUGCCCAUCCAGGAAACAAAGUAUUUUAAACAACAAAGUAUUUUCGAAACAAUCUCUACGUUGAAAAAGCACGUUUCUCUGUUAGAAAAUACGAUUAAAAUUUUCAAAGUCAAUUACUCACAAAUUAAGAGAGAAACAUUGAAAUCUCUUGAUGGCGAAGCUGGAACAUCUUAUGAUAAACUAGACGUGCAAAUGGAAUUGUACCACGAUAUUUAUCAGUUCGCGAGGGUACAGUGCAUCAGUUUUGAACGAGAUUCGAGAUUUAUUUUUGAAAUAUCUAAUCCAGAGAGCAUCGUGAAGAAUAAUUCAUACACGAUAGAAGUACUGAUAGACGACGAUGGCUAUGGAAAAUUAGGAAAAUGUGUACUGCCUGAUUUCAUCAACGUGAAUGACAUAUUAUGGCAGUAUCCUAUUGACGAUUUGAAUAAUGUAAAGCACUUUUUGAAAAGUUGCAAGCACAACAUUGACUGUUACUUCCGCCGCUUAAAGCAGGUUAAUGAGUUGAAGAACUUAUUUCUAAAAAUUCAAAACGGUAGCAUAUAUCACAAUAAUGAUUUUACUUUAAUGGAAUUGAUAUUGUACAACAUAGAGGACGUUUACACUAACGAUAUUCAUGAUGUGAUAACGUAUUUGUAUUAUCACGCCGACGAAACAAGACCUUAUAAACUGUCAGCGAAUACGAUUGAGGCAGACGUAAGGCCGCCAUUUUUUUACAAAAGAUUGAGUAUGUACUUCAUGCCUUUCAUAAAAAACGAUUUGAGUUCGGCAUUUAUACAGAUCGUAAACUCGUAUGUCGAAUUUAUUUGGCAAAAAGUUAUAGUAGAGAACGAAGAUAACGUCGAAAUAUUUGAAUGCAAGGCAACAAUAUUAUAUGAUGAUGAGAAAAAUACUGAAUAUGUGGAUUACUUUCUUUGUCGAAGAGACAGGAGCUCGGAGAGGAACGAGGAUAAAAUGCAAUUAAAGAUUUCUUUGGAUAACGAUGAUACAGAAACUGAGACUUAUAGCGUGAAAAAAAAAGAAAUAUAUAAGGAUCAAAUAUUAGUCAAGAGUACAGCAGAUAAUUUCUUAAAAGAAAAUAAGAAAUGAAGAGUGAGAACAAAUAAUAAUGAAACAGUAAAGUCA